AUGGAACUCGCCCCAGUCGCCGCCCCAUUCAGCGGCAGAGCGAGCGCCGGCGGAGAGGGCUCCAACGCCAAGAGGAAGCUCGAGAGCGCACACUCCUUCUUCUCGCUCUCGGCGUCGUCGUCGCCUUCCACGUCCCCGACCGCCGCUGCCAACAGCUACAAACCCUUUCGAUCCAACGCGGACGCGCUGCCACCGCUGGACUCGCACCCGAAGGUGCGACGUCGAGCGGGGCCUCCGUCGCUCACGCGCUGCUACUCGGACGGGAAAAUAUCAAAGGCGUUCGGAGAGUUGCUGACCGCGGAAGAAGCGGCGGACGGGCAGAGGCUGCCGAGCGCGUCGUCCAAGGUCUGUCCUACGUCGCCGGCGCUGACAGUGCAGCAGAAGAAGAGCAUUUCGCCGCGAGCUGGCGUCUGUGCGUCGCCGGGCUUGCACCGCAACCCGUUCCUGGAUGAAACGGCAUGGCCACUGAGCGUCUCGAGAGGUCCGACCUCGGCAUCACCGGCAUUCGUCGCGAAAAGCUUCAACAACUGCACGACACCUUCGCGGCAGUCGGUGGACAGCUGUGUGAUGUUUACUCCACCGACGCCGAACAAGCGAGUUUGCAGCCAGCAGGGCUUCACGCAGAGCAAGGCGGGCGCGACUGCCUCGACGGGGAGCUGGGCGCCUUCUUUGACACAGGCUAGGAAGCGCUCUCUUGGGGCGUCCGAUGCUUCUCACUUCGCUAGUGCGUCUCCGUCUGACAAGCGAGCGUCUUUGUCGAUUGAGAUGAACCUAGAAAGUCGAAGCAACGCGUCGUCUGGAGCGCUGUCGUCGUGCUCGUCGUCCUCGUCGACUCCGCCCGUUACUGUGCUCGCUCGUGGCAGCGUGAGCGCGCCGAAGCGAAUGUAUCCGCCGCAGCAGCGACGCAGCCGAAACCCAGGCAACUUGUCGCUCGAUCUAUCGCAGGUGGACCAGGCCAACUUCGACCCGUGCACCACGACUACAGGAGCUUCGAAGCGGCGGAAUGACCAGGCCGCGGUGUGCUCGAAGCUGACGGACUUCCUGUACAUCGGUGGUGCUGCUGCUGCGAAGAACAAGUCGAUGCUGAUCCAGAACGGCAUCACGCACGUGAUCAACUGCGCGGCCAGCGUCGCUCCUGCGUCGUUUCCGGACGAGUUCUGCUACUUCAACAUCCGACUCCGUGACCACUCGUCGCAGGACAUUGCGAGGCACUUUUACAGCAUGUUCGACUUCAUUGAGCGCGCUCGGGAGUGCGGAGGACGGAUCUUCUUGCACUGCGUGAAGGGUAUCUCCCGCUCGCCUACCAUGGCCAUCGCGUAUCUGAUGUGGUACAAGAACAUCGGCAUGUACAAGGCGCUGGACUUUGUGCGGCAGUCACGUCCGAUCGUGGACCCGAACGCAGGCUUCAUCUUCCAGCUCACCGAGUGGGAGCAGCUCCACCCGGAGGGACGUCUCAAGUUCCAGCGCACGAUUGUCUUUCGCAUGGAAGUGGCCUACGCCAACGCCGACAAGAGCGGCAACUGCAAUGACGCUAUGACGGCCAAGAAUCCGUUGUUCGUGGGGCCGCUGCCGGGCAUCAGCGAGAGCUACUUCCGCGACCCGACUAAGGAUAUUGGCGAGCUGUGCUUGAUCGUGGCGUGCUCCGACUAUAUGUUCGUUUGGUGUGGCACCGACGUCAAUGAAGACCUUGUGGAGGCUGCCGAGAGCGGCGCCCAGAUCCUGCAGCGUUACGAGGCGUUCCCGGCCAAGUGCGACACCGUGCGGCAAGGACAGGAACCGGUGGCCUUCUGGGACCUCGUCGGUGACGAAAUUUGA